AUGCUAAAUAGUUUUGUAUAUAUAUUUUUUGUAAUAUUUAUUGUACUAAAUAGAUAUGGGCUAAUACAAAGUAGUUCCAAUAAUGCAAAAGAAAAUAAUGAAUUAUACUUAACAAGAACAAAUGAAUCUUAUAAUUUUUUGGAAGCAUCACUAAAUGCUAUAAAUAAUAAAAGACCUUCAUAUGAUGAUGUCUUAAAAAAAUUAUCAGCAGUUAAUCUACCUAAUAUACAUCAUGAAAUGAUUAAAAAUUUAAAAUUUGAUAAAUUAAAGGAAAUUUUAAAUAUAAAAAAUUCUAUUUUAAAUUGUAUUCUAGAAUCAGUUUUACAAAUGGUUAAAGCUUUACCUGCUAUUGUUCAAGAAAUUCUAGAAUAUAAUGAAUUUUGUUCAUCUAUUGAAGUUCAGUUUUCUUUUUUGUUUGCAGUAGAUGCAGAGUAUAAAGAAAAAAUUGAAGAUUGUCGUAGAGAAACUACAGAUAGUAUUAUAACUGGUUAUUUUUCUUUUUAUUUAGACGAUAUUAAUUUAAUUGUAAAAAGGUAUAAAGAAAAACCAGAUGAUAUUUUUAAUAGGUUUGAUAGUAUAGUAGAAUGUUUAGAUGAAUUUUAUAAAAAAGUUACUAGACCUUUUAAUGAGCAUGUAAAAGAAACAGAACUAUUUAGAGAUUUUAUGAAUAAUUAUAAUAAACCUAAAAAUGCUGCUUACGUAGAUUACUUAAAAGAAUUUCUAGAUAAUUUUGAUCCAAAUUGGUCUAAUGAAAAAAUAACGGGAUUUUUUGAUGAACUUUAUUAUAUUUAUUCAACAAAUAAUACAUAUAUUUCUUGUUUUUAUCUAAUUUAA